AAUAAAUUGACGUCAAUGACCCAAUUUGGGUCUAUUCGGCCCAAAAGCUGCUUCGGCCUAGUUGACAGUCCCUCCGCCGUGAACUUGCUUGAGUUCUCGUCAGCCUCCAUCUUUUUCCUAUGGCGAAUUCCUAUGGAACUGAUAUAGUCUAGCGGAAUUGUUGAUUGAGAGACCUCUCAUAAGCUAAAGAAAUGGUAGGCUGGCAACGACAUCUUCAGUGCAUGCUCCAUCAAGCUGGGAACAGAUAUCACCAAAGUCGAACUAUUCCUUUCAAUUCAUAUUAUCACUCAAAGUCGUCUCUAGUACUUGGUGAGGCACCUUACUUGCCAAGAUUGCAGAAUACGGUUUCAUCUGGUAUCUCAAGGCCAUUAUACCAGUAUCUACAGCAUUUGGGGCUCUCUAGUACAAGGACCUUACUUGUAGACGCAUCUGAUGCUACACCAAUUUCUUCCCCGUUAACACCGCUUCUAACAUCAAAUACUGGAAAUAAAGAAGCUGAGAAAGCAACUUCUAAACCUUNAACAAUCUCUGAGGCUUUUGUUGGGAAAGGACUUUUCAAAAAAAGGGUGUCCUACCAUGCUAAAGGAAAGUGUGGAAUAAAAGUGAGGCCAGAAUGUAGACUGACCGUUGUAGUUAGGGAGAUAACUCCUGAGGAGGAGGCCGAGAUAGCUAAGUUGAGAGUACACAACUUCAAGAAGCUCACCAAACGUGAAAGGCGUCUAGUUCCUCAUAAGCUCAUUGAGACUACUCCUAUAUGGGACCGCAAAGGCAGAGCUAAGAGCAAUGGACCAGGUGCUGCUGCUGCUUGA